GUCAUUUUAAACGCGUGCCGGAGUUGACCAAUCAGCACGCUCUCGUGGUGAGCUAGCGCGAGGCUUGUGUGUAGUCUUCUGUCGGGAAGAAGCGCGUAGCCAUAGUGCGAGCUGAGAGACCAUAUCGUUCAGUAAGAUACCUCUGAGUGCACACUUGUAGUGAGAGGUGAAGUGUCAUCCAGCCUCCAGGAUGGCAAAAGGUGAUCCAGCAAAGCCGAAGGGCAAAAUGUCUGCUUAUGCCUACUUUGUGAAGACUUGUCGUGAGGAGCACAACAAGAAGAACCCUGGGGUUUCUGUGAAUUUUUCAGAAUUCUCCAAGAAGUGUUCAGAGAGAUGGAAAGUUAUGUCUCCAAAAGAGAAGACCAAGUUUGAGGAGUUGGCCAAGCAGGAUAAGGCUCGCUAUGACCAAGAAAUGAUGAACUACAAUCCAGGCAAAAGGGGUCGAAAGACUAAGAAGGAUCCCAGUGCACCUAGGAGGCCACCGUCUGGAUUUUUCCUGUUCUGUUCUGAACACAGGCCCAGUAUCAAAGCUCAGAAUCCUAGCAUGGGCAUCGGUGAUGUGGCAAAGAAGCUUGGUGAGAUGUGGAACAAUCUGUCCGACUCUGAGAAACAACCCUUCCUUUCAAAGGCCAAUAAACUCAAGGACAAAUACCAGAAGGACAUGGCCGACUACAAGAGCAAGGGGAAAGUGGGUGGUGGGGUGGCAGCAGGCAAAGCGAAAUCCAGGGAUGAUGAUGACGAUGACGACGACGACGAUGAUGAAGAGGAGGAGGAUGAAGAUGAUGAGGAAGAUGAUUAAAGGACUUUGUAUCCUUAAUCUGACACUAGGGGGUGUUGCAGUCAUCACUGCCAGUGUAAAUUGAAAUGAAUCAGUGUAUUUCGCACCCAUGGAGAAACCCAACUUCUGUAAGCUAAGACUAAAUGUCUUAUCUUACAGAAGGUCUGGACUUGCAGUAUGCUUUUGUUCAUGCUACCCCAAAAAUUUUCAAAGAAGGGGGACAAUGUUUUUGCUGUUUAGCCAUAAACCUCUGGUAGCACAAGGAUACAUGCAUGUUUUAAAGUUGUUUAAGGUUCUUUCCAUGACUUGUCUAAGAACCUACAUUUUAUUUUUCUAUUCUCCCAGCUUCAAGUUGUACAGUUUAAGUUUGGCAGAACAAUGUAGCAAAAUGCAAGUUUUUGUUGGCAAUUGCUAGAGGUUGUUUUAUGCUUAACCACUGUAUGUAGGGUUUUUUCUCCCAGACAUGAUUUGAUUUUUGGGUAAAUGCACUGAACCAUUUGCAGAACUUUUUUUUUUUUUUUUGUUUUUUUUUUUUUAAAUUUAUUUUUUCCCCCUUCCCUUUAACCAGUUUAACAUGGUUACAAACAACCUUUAUCUGGUUAAAUCCCUUAUUUGUGCUGGUUUUUUAUGCAUAGUUAAAACUUAUUUAAAAUGACACGUUUUAGAUCUAGGAAUUGUGGGUUGUUUUUUUUUUUUUUUUUUUUUUCUUUUUUUUUUUUUUUUAAAUAAAUGUAAAAUGUUGUGAUUGUUUUGGAUUAUAAUGGCUUAUUCUUAUUCAUAAUUUGUUGCUGGUGUAUGAAUAUUUAUGGGAAUAAAGUGGUCAACAUUGAUGCAA